AUGACAAAUCACAAAAUGUCAGGAAGAAGUCUGCGAAUAAACCGAUUAAAAAAUUCACGUUUGAGUAUGAGAUCAGGUAGUCUCUUACACUUCUUUGUUUGGAUGUUAAUUGAUACAUUCGUGAUGCUCUUGGUGACAUUGGCCAUGGUUGUAAUGGUGAACAAAAUCGAAGCACUUUGUAUAUGGAUUACAACACACAGUUGGUUGACUAUUGUCCUCAUAUUGCUUGGAGCAAUUCCAGUUCUCAUUCUUGGAUUACUCAAACUUCUUGGAUAUCGUCGUGAGAUUGAUCAUUUCUUCAUCUCAUUCAGUAAGUUCGCCACUUGGGGUGGUUUAUUAACUUUAUUUCUACAAUACAAUUCUCUGAUUAAAAUUGACAACUCGUAG